GUAACAUGUAUACGCUUCAUAUUCAACGUCCUUUACGCCCCUGGAGCAGCUGCUGUUUGACCUCAGGAUCAGCGGGAGCUUUUAGAGUUUUUUUUUUUUUCUCAACAUGGCAGGAAAAGAGAAACUGGAUUUGGUCCAUCAAAAUCAAAUUCACGUUGAGACCAUAAAGAAAGAACAGAGACUGCAGAAACUCCACACCGAGUUCAGCAUCAAUCCCUACAGAAAAUUGCACAUCCUGCCAGACAAACCCAUGUCUAGGAAACCAACCGAAGUUAUUGAAGAGAACUUGGACUUCCUCAAGGCUUUCCACAAGGCCAGGGAGGAGCCCACCAAGAAAUAUUCAAAGCCCCUCACCGAGAGUCAGGAGAUAGGAUGGCUGUCGACUCCACUGAUCCCACCGAACCGCCAUGACACGAGACUCAAUUUCUACCGAUUCAGCAUGGAUGUCACCAAACACCAAGAAUUUGCCCAGAAAGCAUCAAAUUAAAGCAUGAAAAGCAGCGACAAGCGAGUUCAAAUGAAUCUGUUUAUCAUACAAACAUACAGGUGUUAGCACAGUCUGCCCUUUCUGUAUUACCAUCUUAGCAAACUAAGAAAAACACUUGGCAGGGGAAACAUUUGCACAGGUCUAUACAAAGCACAUUCACCCAACACAUACUAAUCAUAUUAAUGAAUAGGAAAGGGCAAAACUGACAGCCGCUCAAUAUUAUAAAAUGCCAUGCCACAUGGGAGAGAAUCAAUGAGUCAAGGAGCUGAGUUAGAAAAAACAAAACAGAAUACACCAAACUUAGAAGAACACACAGUGUCAGAUGACAGCAGGGGGGUUGGUGUAGAGACUGAGGUGUAGAAACAGUGUGUGGCUCUAAAUCCACCUUAGAGGGACGAGAGUGGCCAUAGACAAUAAAAACUCAUCAAUGGUAAUUAUUUCAUCAGCUUCUCUGAGCUUUAGGGAAACUGCAUGUAGUAAAAUAACUUUGCAUCUUGGGUAGUCCUAUGCAGUCUGUUCUUGUCUUUCCUGUAUUUGUCUGGUCCUUCAAACAGCCUCCUCAGCAGUUAGACAGGACGUCUCUCUGUGUGGCAUGAAGCUGGUUUAUGUUGUCCUCCACAUCAAUCCUGACACAUUUUAUCGAAGGCAUACUGUACAAAAAGUUUAGAAGAGCCCGUAGCCCCCUACAUGUCUGGCAAAUCCCGCCUAGAAGCAGCGUCUAAGUCCAGUCUGUUAACCAGCAUGUCAACUUUUUACGAGCGACUCUUCAUCUUCUUGCGCACAGACUUGCCCGGACGUUUCUGAAAGCCCAAGUAAAAGAAAUUAGGUGUUUUCUUACUAAUUAUAUACUUCCAUUUAACAAGCUUUCUACAUGUAAUAAAUCACUCAAUUCCUUUUAUACGUGUGUGACUCACGUUCUGUUUUCCCCCUUUGCCUUUCUUCCCUCCCUUGGCAUGAGCCACUUUGGCACGAAAACCGGAAACAUCGUUGAAGCUCUCCUUGGUGUUCCACUUCUUUCCACUCUUUUUGCCUCCAAAGCCAAACUUCUUGUCCUUGUAUUUUCUCUUAGCGUUGGGCCUGUCAAAAAAUAGUAAAAUUUGAGUUUUUCGUACCAAAGCCACAAAUGUCAAGGGGAAAAAUAAAUAACAUGCUCAAAAUUUAUAAUUGCAGUGUACAGAGUUGAAAAGUUCAUGACUCACCCCUUCUUAUUCAUUGCUUUCUUUGAGCCAUCAGAAGAAUCUUUGCCCGUCUUCUGGUCUCCGUCUAAGAAGUCCAGUUUGUCCGUCAUUCCUACAAGUGAGGAUGAUCAGGAAUGUUAAAACUUAGCUUGGAUUUUGAAAAACACACACAAAGACCACAAUACAAGAAAUUACUCUGUCACAUUUUACUAGACCAGAAAAAAAAAUGACAAAAAUGUAUUCACUUUUGUGUGGUGAGAAAAUUAUAAACAAUAUUCAAAACUGCACACAUGAAAACCCACCUUUCUGGUAUUUCUUUACAGCGGACAUCAUGGCCUUCUUCUCCUUCUGUCUCUUCUGGAUCACUUCUACUUGGACCUGAGAUAUAAUUCAACAUUCAUGUUACUUUCUUAUAUGUUAAAUGGGUUCAUUUGGCUUAUUUUAGCCUAUGCUACAAAA